UGUGCCAUGAAGAAUUAAGGCAGUUCUGAAGGCAAAAGGGGGUCCAACCUUUUACUAGCAAGGUGUACCUAAUAAAGUGGCCGGUGAGUGUAUGAUGGAGAUUCCAAUAGAACUGACUCGCCCUGCGAAUCAAUGACGCUGAGCCGGACCCUCGAUUCAAAAGAGUCGGCUCGGGAAACUGAAUCAAAGUUCCUCUCGCUUGUUGUCAUUGGCGGUUCAACGUGUCACACUGUUGUCGUAUUGGCAGUAAAACUGAUAUAAUUGUGUUUCUAGAGUGUUUAUAUUUACGGGAAGCGCGUGUUAACCGAAAGAAACACCAUAGCUGCUUAACCUUUAGUAAUAAGCUGUAACGUACGGCAUUAUUACUAAGUCAUUAUUUCACCCUGCUUGCUGUGUCUAACGCUGAUACUUGUAAGCGGUGUUUCCAGUGGCUGCACGUAACGGCGUCUAUUCCGCCGUUUCGCCUUGCGCCAAACACUGAGAAGGACAACUUUUUAGAGCUGUAAUAAGUGCGCACUAAUAAGCACGGCUCUCGCACGAGUCUCAGCGAGAAUGGGCGUCCAGGAUUCCUUCAUCCGUCCAGAAAACUCCAGAAAUAGCCUGGGGAUGGCGUUUUAGCCCCUGGAAGGGAAAAAAAGACUUCACACGCUGAGCAAUGGCUGCCUUUCUGCCAGUAACGCAGCAGAUCUCCAGCUCCGCACAGCAGAGCCGCCCAGCAGCAGCGGCAGCGGCUGGUCUCAGUCUCGGCGACGUCGAGGAGCGUUUAAUAUACGACCAGCACGGAGCUCCCACAACUUUCAGGAGUUUAUUCCAAAGCAGCAGAGCUAUCGUUGUGUUUGUGAGGAAUUUCUUGUGCUACGCCUGUAAAGAAUAUGUUGAAGACCUGAGCAAGAUCCCACAGGAAGCACUGAUGGAUGCUGAGGUCAGACUGGUUGUCAUUGGACAGUCAUCCUUUUCCCAUAUAGAGGCCUUUUGCUCUCUGACAGGCUAUCAGCAUGAAAUAUAUGUUGAUCCAGAAAGGCACAUUUUUAAGAAACUUGGGAUGAGAAGAGGAGAGGAAUUCACAGAAACAGCCGCUAAGAGCCCACAUGUCAAAUCCAGCAUGCUCAUGGGCAGUUUGAAGAGCAUGUGGCGUGCCAUGACCAGUCCUGCCUUUGACUUCCAAGGAGACCCUCUCCAGCAAGGAGGGGCGAUUAUUGUUGGUCCAGGCUCUGACGUUCAUUUCGCGCAUUCUGACAUGAAUCGGUUCGACCAUGCGCCUAUCAACCAGCUGCUGCAGCUGGCUGGAGUGCAGGUGAUAGACUUUAACAGGCACCCCAAGAUUAUUGACGUCUGAGAAAAGAACAUUUCUUAUUGUAGCACUGAACUGUGCGUGUAAAUAAGCUGUUAAACAGGAUUGUGCUCGUUGUAGGGAAGUCUUUGUAAGGCUUAACAGCAUUAUUGUUAGUUUAUUUGCGUCUUUACUUGUUUUUUAAUCACAUAAUCCACUGCCUAAGCUAUUCAGUAAAUCUGAUGCACUCUAGUCCACUGAAACUGUAAUAUCACCAGGCUUUAGUUCACUAUUGGAGACUAAAACUGAAUCAAAUUCAGUUCAGAAAAUGCAGCUUUACCUGUAUUUUAGUUCAUGUAACACUACUGAGUUUACUGCAUAUUCUGUAGUAGAUGUAGAAUGACUGAAGACAGCGGCACUGAAAGUUUAAUGUACAUUUUAUUCACAAAAUAAUAUAUAAAAGCAAAAAAAUUACAAAAUGGAGAUGCAGUGACAAACGUUUUUUCAUGUUAUUAAAUAUAUUUUCAUAUAA